AUGCCUUUCAACCGAGCUGCUGGCUGAUAAAAGCGGCCCAGCUUCAACGGCGGCCAACAGUCGGGGUUCGGAGCUCGUCGGUGGCGUGUCCUUCUCGGUGCGAACUUCCCUCGCAAGUCCCAGCCAGGCACCUGUGCGGCAAGUCGUGAUUCGUGGCUCGUGCGUCCAAAAUGGACAAUUUCAUCCUUGGUCCUUAAGCAAUAGUUGAUAGUUAACAACCAGAUACUCCAUACUCUACCGCUUAAUUCAAAAACAAGUGACUAAAUCGCAGUGAAAUCGACAAGUUCAAGUGCCGAGUUAGAGUGUAAUUUCUCUCCGUGUUUUGUGUCAAUCGGCCCAUCGGGAAGCCGCAGGCAUUGCAUAUUUUUAUGAGCCCGUACUUGGCCCAGCGAAUCCCGGCCAGGAGAUACAGAAUGCGAGCAGAAGUGAGGCCAAUAAAAGGGCGAUAAACCUGACGCCGAUACGGAGGCAGGAACCAACAGCCAGCAGCCAGGAGGCAGCAGCCAGGAGCGGAAGAGAAACGAUAAGCGUAUCCUGUCGUCAGAGUGCAUAAAAAGGCGAUAUAUAUUAUUCGAGUGGCGCGAGUGGAGCCCAUCGCUGCAGCCUCCGAUAGUCCCCGGUUCAAAUGCCCGGGUGAUUAAUGGGCCAGAGGCCGUUGCCGACGGGAUGCGCAUAACUCACCGGAGGGCCAGAUACGGCCAGUGGCCGGUGGCCGUGGGGCUGGGCCUGUUCCUGGCCCUGGCCUGGGCCACGGCCGCCGCAGCUGGCAUGGAGUCGUCGGCCGAGCGGCAGGUCCUGGGCAUCGAGGCAAUUAAGCCGGGCGCCUCAAUUAGCACCAUCACAGAGCAGCCACAGAAGCCAAAAGCAGGAGGAGCGACCAGCCAAGCAUCCAGCAAGGAGUUGUGGAAGGUGCUGUCCCCCCGGUCCGAGUGGAAGUACAAGCGGACGAAAGUCAAGCGCCGCCAGCAGCGCCUCAACUCGUCCAGCAACCUGCCCGGCAGCACCAACGCCUCCCACCACCCCCUGCCGGCCAGCCCGCCCCAGCGGCAGCGCUACCUGAAGGUCAACCAGGUCUUCGAGAGCGAGCGCCGCAUGUCGCCGGCCGAGGUGCAGCGCAACCACGGCAAGAUCGUCCUGCUCGGCCUCUUCGAGCUGUCCACGUCCCGGGGCCCGCGUCCCGACGGCCUGAGCGAGCUGGGCGCCGCCACCAUGGCCGUGGAGCACAUCAACCGGAAGCGCCUGCUCCCCGGCUACACCCUGGAGCUGGUCACCAACGACACGCAGUGCGAUCCUGGAGUGGGCGUGGAUCGCUUCUUUCACGCCAUCUACACACAGCCCUCAACGCGGAUGGUGAUGCUGCUGGGAUCCGCCUGCUCGGAGGUCACCGAGAGCCUGGCGAAGGUGGUGCCCUAUUGGAACAUCGUGCAGGUCUCCUUCGGCUCGACGUCCCCGGCCCUGAGCGACAGGCGGGAGUUCCCGUACUUCUACAGGACCGUGGCCCCGGAUUCCUCGCACAACCCGGCGCGGAUCGCUUUCAUCAGGAAGUUCGGCUGGGGCACGGUGACCACCUUCUCGCAGAACGAGGAGGUGCACUCGCUGGCGGUGAACAACCUGGUGACGGAGCUGGAGGCGGCCAACAUAUCCUGCGCGGCCACUAUCACCUUUGCAGCCACCGACUUUAAGGAGCAGUUGCUGCUGCUGAGAGAGACAGACACGCGCAUCAUCAUCGGCAGCUUCUCGCAGGAGCUGGCCCCGCAGAUCCUGUGCGAGGCCUACAGGCUGCGGAUGUUCGGCGCGGACUACGCCUGGAUCCUGCACGAGAGCAUGGGCGCGCCCUGGUGGCCGGACCAGCGCACCGCCUGCUCCAACCACGAGCUGCAGCUGGCCGUCGAGAACCUUAUCGUUGUGUCCACCCACAACAGCAUCGUUGGGAACAACGUCAGCUACAGCGGCCUGAACAAUCACAUGUUCAACUCGCAGCUGCGGAAACAGUUCGCCCAGUUCCACGGCCACGGCCAGGGCGCUGCCAGGACCACCAGCGGGCCGCAAUCGGAUUUGGGGCGCCGCCGUCGCAGGCGGGGGGCGAGCGGCAGCGGCGGAGGCCACCUCUUCCCGGAGGCGAUCUCCCAGUACGCCCCCCAGACCUACGACGCGGUCUGGGCCAUCGCCCUCGCCCUCCGCGCCGCCGAGGAGCACUGGCGGCGCAACGAGGAGCAGUCCAAGCUGGACGGCUUCGACUACACGCGCAGCGACAUGGCCUGGGAGUUCCUGCAGCAGCUGGGCAAGCUGCACUUCCUGGGAGUCUCGGGUCCUGUCUCUUUCAGCGGGCCCGACCGUGUCGGCACUACCGCCUUCUACCAGAUCCAGCGCGGCAUGCUCGAGCCCGUGGCGCUCUACUACCCGGCCACCGACGCCCUGGACUUCCGGUGUCCCCGCUGCCGGCCGGUGAAGUGGCACAGCGGCCAGGUGCCCAUCGCGAAGCGGGUGUUCAAGCUGCGGGUGGCCACCAUCGCGCCCCUGGCCUUCUACACCGUCGCCACCCUCUCCAGCGUGGGCAUAGCCCUGGCCAUAGCCUUCCUGGCCUUCAACCUCCACUUCCGCAAGCUGAAGGCAAUUAAACUUUCCAGCCCCAAGCUGAGCAACAUCACCGCAGUGGGCUGCAUCUUCGUGUACGCCACCGUCAUCCUGCUGGGCCUGGACCACUCGACGCUGCCCUCGGCCGAGGACUCCUUCGCCACGGUCUGCACGGCCCGGGUCUAUCUCCUCUCGGCUGGCUUCUCGCUGGCCUUCGGAUCGAUGUUCGCCAAGACCUACAGGGUCCACCGGAUCUUCACGCGCACUGGGAGCGUCUUCAAGGACAAGAUGCUGCAGGACAUCCAGCUCAUCCUGCUCGUGUGCGGCCUGCUGCUGGUGGACGCCCUGCUGGUCACCCUCUGGGUGGUCACCGACCCCAUGGAGCGGCACCUGCAGAACCUGACGCUCGAGAUCAGCGCCAUUGACCGGAGUGUCGUCUACCAGCCCCAGGUCGAGGUCUGCCGAUCGCAGCACACCCAGACCUGGCUCAGUGUCCUGUACGCCUACAAGGGCCUCCUGCUGGUGGUGGGCGUGUACAUGGCCUGGGAGACGCGGCACGUGAAGAUCCCCGCCCUUAACGACUCCCAGUACAUCGGGCUCUCAGUCUACAGCGUGGUCAUCACCAGCGCCAUUGUGGUCGUGCUGGCCAACCUCAUCUCCGAGCGGGUCACGCUGGCCUUCAUCACGAUAACCGCCCUGAUCCUCACCAGCACCACGGCCACCCUCUGCCUGACCUUCAUCCCCAAGCUGCACGACAUAUGGGCCAGAAAUGAUAUCAUAGACCCCGUGAUCCACAGCAUGGGCCUCAAGAUGGAGUGCAACACCAGGCGCUUCGUGGUGGACGACCGGAGGGAACUGCAGUACCGCGUCGAGGUGCAGAACAGAGUCUACAAGAAGGAGAUACAGGCCCUGGACGCGGAGAUCCGCAAGCUGGAGCGCCUGCUGGAGUCGGGCCUCGCAGUGGGCACCACCACCUCCACGACCACCUCGUCCUCCACCUCGCUCCUCGUGGGAGGCGGCCACUUGAAGCCGGAGGUGACGGUGACGAGCGGCAUCCAGCAGCCCCCCUCCGCCGGCAAGUCGAGGACGCCCAGCAUCUCGGGGAUACUGCCCAACCUGCUGCUGUCCGUGCUGCCGCCGGUGAUCCCCCGGGCGAGCUGGCCCUCGGCGGAGUACAUGCAGAUCCCGAUGCGGCGGUCGGUGACCUUCGCCUCGCAGCCCCAGCUGGAGGAGGCCUGCCUGCCCACCCAGGACCUCAUCAACCUUCGUCUGGCCCACCAGCAGGCCACCGAGGCCAAGACGGGGCUCAUCAACCGGCUGCGGGGGAUCUUCUCGAGGACCACGUCCAGCACCAAGGGCUCAACGGCCAGCCUGGCCGACCAGAAGGGGCUCAAGGCGGCCUUCAAGUCGCACAUGGGCCUGUUCACGCGGCUCAUCCCCUCCUCCCAGACCGCGUCCUGCAACGCCAUCUAUAACAGCCCCGGGCUGGGAGCCCCCGCGGAGGGCGGCUCGGCCGUAGCCUCGGUGGAGGCGCACUCCAACGGCCACCACCUGAAGCCCAUCCACCGCGGCUCGCUCACCAAGAGCGGCACCCACCUGGACCGCCUCACCAAGGAUCCGAACUUCCUGCCCAUUCCCACCAUUUCGGGGCAGGAGCCGGCGGACCAGCAGCCGCUGGGAGGGAAGUAUGUGAAGCUGCUGGAGACCAAGGUGAACUUUCAGCUGCCCAGCAACCGGCGCUCCUCGGUGGUCCAGCCCUCGCCCAGCCUGAGGGAGCGGGUCCGGGGCUCGCCCCGCUUCCCCCACCGCAUCCUCCCGCCGACGUGCAGCCUCAGUGCCCUGGCGGAGUCCGAAGACCGCCCGACCGAAGGCGCCGCCAACAGUGGCAGCUGCAAGUCCAUACCGCGCAUCUCCCUGCAGCAGGCCACUUGCGGGGGCACCUGGAAGUCCAUGGAGACGGCGGCCAAGUCCAGGCUCUCGCUGGGCGACUCCCAGGAGGAGGACCUCCAGCCGCCGCCCGCUCUCGCUGACGCGCCAUCGAAUGGCCUGGAUUAGGCCAGACCCCCGUCCCCCGACCCAGUCCUCGUCAAUUAGAGCGAAACACCAAGCAAUUAUUUAUCAUGACACGCGCCCUCCCCACCCACGCCCCAAUCUGAACGGCCAAUCCCCCCCAGAAGCGCGUGUGCAACUGACCAAUCAUCAGCUUAAAGCAAUCAAACGCAUUAGGGUAAUACGCUAGAUAAGUCCCGAUAGGAGAGCCCUUAGGAGCUUCUCUAUCCAUUAGUUAGCAGAACCAGGACAUCCCGAACCACGAAGAGAGUUAGUCCACGGACUACAGUCGGGUCUCAUUUUAGGUAAGAUUCCAGUGCUUGCAUUACUAGAGUAGAGUUAGGGAACUAGAUCUCCAGUCGAUUUUAGGGGAAGAAACAGACCUCUCAGUAUUCCAUUGCCAAAGGUACAUAUAUAGGUCCAGAGUGUUUACAUUUUUAUCCUUAUAACACAGGUCUAAUAGGAUAGGAUAUCUUUUCUUAUAUCUUUUUAGUUUAUAAGUUUUCAUUUACUUUUUAAUAUUUUUAAACCUUACUUGCCUUUUAAAUUGGUUAUAAUAUUAUUAAGGAGUUUUAUAUCUUAUAGUAUAUAUCUUUAAGUAUUUGAGUAUAUCUUAAGUAGCAUAUGAUUCUUAUUAUUUAUUAUUUUAAUUAUUAUUUAUCUAUAGAUUCUUGUUUCUAUUAUCAUUCAUUUUAUUUCAAUCAACCCUUACUUAUUAUUUAUGUUUCUUUUUAUUUCAGAAUUCAUAGUUUCAAGAUGGUAAGUUCCAAAACCCUCUUAUACCUAUUAGAUUAUAAUUUUAAACCCUUAAAACAAGUAUCAGAAUGUGGAUCAACCCAAAAGAGAGAGGUGAACCCAUCAGAGGACCCUCCUUUAAGUCCUCUUAUAGUGUUAGCUUCUGUUCCUCCCGCGCCCGUGAGCUGUGAUUGACCGCCGCGGUGACCCCACCCGACCUCCACCUUCCGCCUCCUAGGCUAAGUAGCUCGUUAGUUGUUUGUUUUCUCGUUGUUGUGCCGCUGCAGGGCACUCGUCCGCGGCAGUGUAUCCAUACAGUGUAUCCAGGAGCAAUACUAAGUAUCUAGAAGUUUAGAGCCCAGAGCCGGAAGAGCCGGCUAGGGGCUGCAGCCAAUAUGAUUAAUUAUCGCGCAGACCAUAAGUCAUGUGGGAGCGAUGUCCGGAGCGAUGUUAGGGCGAGAGCCGUCGAGUAAGCCGUAAGUUUGUCAUUGUAGUCCAAUUCGAUUCCACCAUCUCCUCCUAAGCUCCAUCCCACAUCCUUUGUCGGAUAACUUGAAUAAACAGAAAAGUCUAAGCAGAAAUGCCAAGCCGGAAUAAUGAUUAA